AUGGUAAAGACACGAAAUUUUGUGGAAGGAGAUAGUAGCUUAGCAACAAAAGCUGUUUGGGAUGAUGAGCUGACAUUGAUAAUUUGUGAACUUUGCGUGAAUGAAGUCAAUGCUGGUAUUGGAUGGUGUCCAACUAAAAAGACGGUCGAUGCUACCGAAGAAUGGUGGGCUGCAAAAAUACAGGAAAAUCCUGAUUUUAAAGGAUUUAAGAAGAAAGGAAUUGAGCCACGAUUGAAUGAGUUAAUGUGGCAAAUGUUUGGUGGCAUUGUAGCCACCGGAGAGAACGCAAGGGCACCUUGGUCUGGUGUUCUUCCAAGUGGGGUUCCUAUGGGAGAUGAUGCACCUUAUGAGGGAUUUGGUGAUUCAGAUGAACAUAGUAACGAGAAUGAAGGUAUUCCCCCUGAUGAGAUUGAGAAAUUGUGUGAGAGUAUGGCUAGUCCAAGGAAGUCAGUGAAUGAAAUUAUUUUUCCUCACUCUCAAUAUACUAUUUCAAAUGCAAUGGAUGCUUUGCGUGCUUUGGGAGAUGAAAUUCCAAAAAGAGAUGAACUGUACUAUUUUGCCACCAAAAUGUUCCAAAUACCGGUGAAACGAGAAAUGUUUUUGAACUUAGAUCCAGAUGAUAGGGUUUGGUGGCUUCGACGUGAGUAUGCUGAACAAAAUCCAAUUGCAUCAUUUUCAUCCUUGGUAGCAACAUCCUCAUUUCCCUUCCAACCAUACCAUCAACCACCUCCACCAUCAGCUCCUUAG